AUGUCAUUAAAGUUAACUCUGGUGGAUCUUUCUCUUUCAAGUUGGCCUUUGUCAGAGUUUGAUCCAAGCCAGAUUCGACUGAUUGUGUAUCAAGACUGUGAAAGGCGAGGGAGAAAUGUCUUGUUCGACUCCAGUGUUAAGAGAAAAAAUGAGGAUACGUCAGUAUCGAAACUCUGUAGUGAUGCUCAAGUUAAAGUCUUUGGGAAAUGCUGCCAGCUGAAGCCUGGAGGAGAUAGUUCUUCCUCUCUGGAUAGUUCUAUCACUUUAUCUUCUGAUGUAAAAGACCAGUGUCCUAAGUACCAGGGUUCUCGGUGCUCUUCUGAUGCCAAUAUGCUUGGAGAGAUGAUGUUUGGCUCAGUAGCCAUGAGCUACAAAGGAUCCACCUUAAAAAUUCAUCAGAUCCGUUCCCCUCCACAGCUCAUGCUCAGCAAAGUCUUUACUGCAAGGACUGGCAGCAGCAUCUGUGGAAGUCUUAAUACACUGCAAGACAGUCUUGAAUUCAUCAACCAGGACAACAGUACAUUAAAGGCCGAUAAUAACACAGUUAUUAAUGGACUGCUUGGAAAUAUAGGUCUUUCACAGUUCUGCAGCCCCAGGCGGGCGUUCUCUGAGCAGGGUCCGCUCCGCCUGAUCAGGAGCGCCUCUUUCUUUGCAGUUCACAGCAACCCAAUGGACAUGCCUGGAAGAGAACUGAAUGAGGACAGAGACAGUGGCAUAGCACGUUCUGCAUCUCUCAGCAGCUUGCUUAUUACCCCGUUUCCUUCCCCAAACUCUUCACUUACCCGAAGUUGUGCCAGCAGUUACCAGCGACGUUGGCGACGCAGCCAGACCACAAGUUUGGAAAAUGGGGUAUUUCCUAGAUGGUCUGUAGAAGAAAGCUUUAAUCUGUCAGAUGAAAGCUGUGGCCCUAACCCAGGAAUUGUACGAAAAAAGAAGAUUGCAAUUGGAGUAAUCUUUUCAUUAUCCAAAGAUGAAGAUGAAAAUAACAAAUUUAACGAAUUCUUUUUUUCACAUUUUCCUCUCUUUGAAAGCCAUGUGAACAAAUUAAAGAGUGCAAUAGAACAGGCUAUGAAAAUGAGCCGGAGAUCAGCCGAUGCCAGUCAGAGGAGUUUGGCAUAUAAUCGAAUAGUUGAUGCCCUAAAUGAAUUCAGAAUAACAAUUUGUAAUCUUUACACAAUGCCACGAAUCGGAGAGCCUGUCUGGCUUACGAUGAUGUCGGGGACUCCAGAAAAGAAUCAGCUCUGCCAUCGUUUCAUGAAGGAAUUUACUUUUCUAAUGGAAAAUGCCUCCAAAAACCAAUUCUUGCCAGCUCUCAUUACUGCAGUUUUGACCAAUCAUCUUGCCUGGGUUCCAACAGUCAUGCCAAAUGGACAACCACCUAUAAAAAUAUUUUUAGAAAAACAUUCCUCUCAGAGCGUGGACAUGUUGGCAAAGACUCAUCCAUACAACCCACUUUGGGCACAGCUGGGAGAUCUGUAUGGCGCUAUUGGCUCUCCUGUACGGUUAGCAAGGACUGUGGUGGUUGGCAGACGACAAGAUAUGGUUCAUAGGCUGCUUUAUUUUCUUACUUAUUUCAUAAGAUGCUCUGAACUUCAAGAAACUCAUCUUUUAGAAAAUGGAGAAGAUGAAGCCAUUGUUAUGCCAGGCACAGUGAUUACAACCACUUUAGAAAAAGGUGAAAUUGAGGAAUCAGAGUAUGUCCUUAUCACAAUGCAUAGAAACAAAAGCAGUUUGCUCUUAAAGGAGUCUGAAGAGACAAAAAUGCCUCAGUGUAACUGUAAAUACUGCAGUCAUCCACUCCUUGGGCAGAAUAUAGAGAAUGCGUCCCAACAAGAGAAAGAAGAUAUUCAAAACAAUUCUAAGGAGUUGCUAGGAAUUUCAAAUGAAUGCCGAAUGAUUUCUCCUUCUGACUGCCAAGAAGAAAAUGCUGUUGAUGUUAAACAGUAUAAAUUAAGAACUUGUCUUGACACUAAGUUAGAGACUUUUGUUUGCACGGGAUCUGCUCCAGUAGACAAGUGCAUAUUGUCAGAGAGAGGCUCAGAGCCAACAGAGGAAACAUGGCAGGGUAAGGAGUUGCUGGAUUCAGACAACCACCCAGGCAAAGAAAUAAGAGCCACAGGAAUAGUUGUGGAAAAAAAACCUCCAGAUAAGACUAUGCCUCCUCUGCUUUCUUGUGAUGUAACCCAGACAAAGGUUACUUUCCUGAUUGGAGAUUCUAUGUCACCUGAUUCAGAUACUGAACUGAGGAGUCAAGCAGUAGUGGAUCAGAUAACCAGACAUCACACCAAACCAUUAAAGGAGGACAGAGGGACUAUUGAUAAGCAUCAAGAAACUAAACAGACAACUGAGGACCAGUCUGGAGAGUCUGAUAUACAGAACAUGGUUUCUGGAGAGCCUGGUGAACUUCCCUGUUGGAGUCAUUCAGACCCAGAGAACAUGAGCUUAUUUGAUGAAUACUUUAAUGAUGAUUCAAUUGAGACAAGGACUAUUGAUGAUGUUCCGGUUCAAAUAAGUACAGACAGUAAAGAACACUGCUGUAUGUUAGAGUUUUCAAAAAGAUUAUGUACAAAAAAUAACAAACAAAACAAUGAAUUUUGUAAAUGUAUAGAAACUGUUCACCAAGAUUCAUGUAAAACUUGCUUUCCUCAGCAAGACCAAAGAGAUACAUACUCCAUUCUUGUCCCCCAUGGGGACAAAGAGAGUGCAGAGAAAAAAAUUGCUGUGGGAACUGAAUGGGACAUUCCAAGAAAUGAAAGUUCGGAUAGUGCCCUUGGGGAUAGUGAAAGUGAAGAUACAGGUCAUGAUAUGACCAGACAAGUCAGCAGUUACUAUGGAGGAGAGCAAGAAGAUUGGGCAGAAGAGGACGAGAUCCCUUUUCCUGGAUCAAAGUUAAUUGAAGUGAGUGCUGUUCAGCCCAACAUUGCUAACUUCGGGAGGUCCUUGCUGGGUGGCUACUGCUCAUCUUACGUGCCUGACUUUGUUCUUCAAGGAAUUGGGAGUGAUGAGAGGCUCCGUCAGUGUCUGGUGUCAGAUUUAUCUCAUGCUGUGCAGCAUCCAGUUUUGGAUGAACCAAUAGCAGAAGCUGUUUGUAUUAUAGCUGAUAUGGAUAAAUGGACUGUCCAAGUGGCUAGCAGCCAGAGACGAGUGACAGAUAACAAGCUGGGAAAAGAAGUGUUGGUGUCCAGUCUUGUUUCCAACCUGCUUCAUUCCACUCUUCAGCUUUAUAAGCAUAACUUGUCUCCAAAUUUUUGUGUAAUGCACCUUGAAGAUCGGUUGCAGGAGCUGUACUUCAAGAGCAAAAUGCUGUCUGAGUACUUGAGGGGGCAGAUGCGUGUUCAUGUCAAGGAGCUGGGAGUGGUUCUUGGGAUUGAAUCCAGUGAUCUUCCUCUUCUGGCUGCUGUAGCAAGCACUCACUCUCCAUAUGUUGCUCAGAUACUCCUUUAACAUGUCUAAAGGUUCAUUUUGGUGGCAAGUUAAGUAGAAACGGAGGAAGCCGGCACUUAUACAUAAAUCCAACAUGCAUUUAUGGAAAAAAAAUUUUUCCCCUCCGUUAGACUUCCAUCUGAAUGAGUCCAUCUUGUGGGUAUCCUGUAUUGCAUUGCAUGUCCUGUGUAUAUAGGAUGGCUUUUCUUUUUAACUGGACUCCUGGGUGAUGGUAGAUUUUUAACUAUGUCAGACUAAAGCAGGAUAAACAAUUUGGGGUAAGGGCAUUUGAAAAAGCGAAAGUAUAAAAAUUCUACAGAAAUUUCUACAAAAUAAUAUUAAGGCAUUUUACACAAUGUUGUCACAACUCCUAAGUACCAAGAGCUGCCUCAUGAUUAAAUGGCACAGAAAAUGUCAUUUUGUUAAAUUUUUCUUUAUUUGUAAGUUACAUAUCUCUGUAAAACUUUGAUUGUUAUUUUGUUUUGCACUUCAAAACAGCUAAUUUCUGGUUAUUUCUCAAGUAUUGUAAACAGUCCGUUAAUUACAACAUACUGAGAAUAAUGAGUAAAAAUGUAUAUUAUCUGCCCAAGUGUACAUAUGUAUCUAUUUUUUUAAAAGCAGAGGUAGAAAUACAUGACUGGUAAAACAUGCCUUUUUAAAAAACAUUUUCAACUAGUAUUAAUUGUACACAAAGUUGAACUAUUGCUCUCUGGUGAUUUUUGUUUCUCACACACUAAAAUACACAUAAAGCCAAUCUUUUUUUAAGGCUGAGGAUUGUAGAUUCCCAAAAUCAGAAUACUACUUUAUACCAUUUGUUUUUAAGUAUGCACUAAUUCUUAUAAAUGUUAAUAUUUACAUAUUCAAUAAAUAAAUUUAAUAAAUGAAAAUUAGGAUUAAAAAUUGCACCAAAGCAUUGGCAAAAAUAAUAUUCACUUUAGUACCUGAGAUCGAACUCAGGACGUUGUGCUUGGGAGGCAGGCAGCAGAACCACUGAGCUAAAUCUCCAAUAUUCUCUUUUAAAGUGUUCAGGUAGCCCAGGCCCGUUUUCCAUGUCAGACCUUCUUGAACCCACAGGAGCGAAAUACUUGUUUCAUUGCAUAACAAUAUCUAAUUUACACUCAUAGAAUUUAUCACUCUUAAAAUUGUUCUUCUUUCUCAUAAAGAGCUCCUGCCUUUCAAAAGCUGAUUUUUUUCAAGGACUUUUCAGUUUACUUACUGUCUUUGUAUAUAGUAUAGAAUGUUGCUUAUAAGAAAGACUAUUAAGGAACCAAACCCUGUAAGUAAUGUAAAUAGAAAGAUGGGUAGAUAAAGUUUUAAACAUGCUCUACUACCUCAGUUUACUUGAUACUGCAUUAUAGAUUUUCCUUUGCUUAUCUGGUCUGAGAUACAUUUAAUGCUAGCAAAGAAGGUGAUUUCUGCUUUCAUUUACUAUUUUUGUCAUAAUUGAUUAGCUUUUAAAAACCACUUAGACACUAUAAAUUUACUAUAUAACUCAUCCAUUCUUAUUAUUUAAUGUUUUCAUUAAUUGGUGGACUGUUUUUAUGAGUUUGUUUAGUCUUUUGGGUUAUAUUUUGCUUUGCUCUUUGUGUUUAUUCGGGAGAUUUUGAACUAGAAAAGAGGUUGUUUUAGUGGAACAUAAAUCUGAACUGAGUACUUGACAUUUAUUGGCCCAUGUCCUAAUAGCUGGUCGCACUUAGUACCUGAAGUCUCCCGUGGAUACCUGCCAAAGAGAGUUUAUGGACAAAUUUCCUUAAUUUAAUUUUCUUAUUGUAUUCAUUAAUAAAAUUCCUCUACUGUCUUUUUUUGAAAUUCGGCACAUUGAUCUCUUUGGCAGAAUUCAGAAUCUAGAAAAGUUCCUGCAUGGGCCACUGUACAUUAUUUUUGAUUGUGGCUCAGAAUAUGUAUCAAGUAGAUAAUAACUGUGUUUGGGUAUUUCCUUAAUCAUUAGACUAUUCUCAGUCCUAUUUGAAAUGUCUAAUAAAUUACUCUUUAGUAAUAAUUGUAAUCUUUAAUAAGCGAUGGCUCAUACUACUGUUACUCUUGAAACUAAUCUUUGCUGAGAUGGAAAAGACCUAUAGUUUCUUAAGAACCAUUCGCUAAUCCUUAUAGGAUUCUUGAGUUUUAUAAUCCUUAGCCUUCUGUAAUUUCUAAUACCUUCAUCAUAAUCAUUCAUUUGUUACACAAAGCCCAAGGAAUGAGCUGCUACUACUCCAUUAAAGUAUGGUCUUUAUGAUGAAUGUGAAGAGUUCUGGUCUCUUUAAAAUAAUUUUUUCAAAUUCUUAUGGUACAAGUAUGUAUUACACAUAAAACACCUGUUGCAACAGGAAAUGAAAAAGGGAUCUUUUAUAUUACUGAAUUAAAAAAAUAUAUAUAUAUCCUACUUGCUUUAAGUAUCCUGGCAUUUAUUAAUGUCUUAAUUUUGAGUUUGAAAAUAUUAAGUGCAAUAAACAUACUAGCACAGAUUUCAUUUUGUUGGCAGUUGACAUACAGGAUGAUUACAAAAAACAUGAUUUUACAUAAUGCCUACUCCUGGUAGAUGUCUUAUAAGAAUAUUUGCUUUCUCUUAAGUUAUUUAGAUGGUGGAUAUAUAAAAUGUACAUAUUUGUUCUUUGUUCUGAAUACUUUUCUCAAAUGUGCACUUGUAUUAUAAUAACCUCCCAGUUCCAGGGGAAAUUUGUGCAAUAAACACACAUGUCAAUUUGUGUGAUCUUGGUUUUUCGUUGAUGUAUUAAUAAGAUCGAUGUAACAUUGUGAACUCUUGAUAUCAGACCGCCUGGAUUCUUGUCCCAAUUUGGCACUUUGGGCAUAAGGCCUGUCCAUAAUGGUAGAAUUUACUUCAUGAGGUUGUGAGAAUUGAAGAAAAUAAUGAAUGUCAGGAAUUGAGCUUAAUGCCAGUACACUCCAAAUGCUUAAUAACUUUUUAGCUGCUACAUAAUCUGUCCAUCCUUUCUUUUAUGAUUAUUUCCCUCUCUGUGAUUAACACCGUGCUUUUGUUUUGUUUCGUGUCUGUUGUUUUUUUACGGUUUUGUUUUGUUGUUUGUUUUUUGUUUUGCAAAACUGGGGAUUGAACUCAGGAACUUGUGCUUACUAGGCAGGCGUGGCACAACUAAGCUACCUCCCUAGCCCUGAGUGUUUUGUUUUUGUUUGUUUUGUUUUGAGACACAUCUUACU